AUGGAUCAGGCAACAGUCAUCGACGAUGAUGUUGCUGUUGUCAUAAUUGAAGAUGACGACAGAGAUGAGGUGGUGAUUCUAGAACGAGCUCCCGGUAUAUCCCCAACACAAUUUUUGAACGCCGACAUCAUAAAUCGAACUUCACCUCCAAAUACCAGAGAACAUCUCACAGGACCAACCCUUAGAUAUCAAUUCGACAAUACUCCUGCACCUGACCAUUCAGCCAAUUUUCCUUUCAUUGACUUGACGACUCCUGUGGUCUUCAGUACCACGGAAUCCGAAGAGAGCAAUAACCCUGUAGAUAAAGUUUGCAGUCUCUCAACUAGCCUUCCAAGGUUCAUACUCCAAGAGGAGGGGUACGAAUCGUCAAGGCCCUGGAAUAUCGCUGCUGAAGGAGCUACCGAUCAGGAGACAUCACAAGAUCGCAUUCGUCUCUCAAGACGUCUGGGUACUAAAGAAAGCUCUUUCAGCUCUCGCAGCGAAAUGGUUGCCAAUUCCCGAAACACGUCUCAUAUACAUUCUAUGCCUGAGAGUCGGUCUUCCAAUGCAGGUUUGAUCUCGAUUCCAGAUGAUGGAGACGGGGACGAAGAGAAAACGUCUACUACCCAAGAUAUGACCUCGCACACAGGUGAUAACGCCGUUGUAAUCGAAGACGGUGACGACUUCGAAUUCAAGCUCGAAUCCCAACUCCUAGAGAAACCCGAGUUCGAGUUCUUGCGCUCUAUUAGUGUAAGUGAAAAGUCGAAACCUCAGCCGAAACUCAAAGUCGCUCCAUUACGAAAUCCUCCAAUUAUCAGCCCUUAUUUCGAAUGCGAAACGUAUUCGCACGGAAAGCUCAUAUUAAGACCAGCGAAAACCGUAGAGCUGGAGGAUGGCGAUUUUAUUUGCAUUAAGCACAUUGUGAAGUACGUCAAAUCUGAAGAAAUUCGUGACCUUAGUCUUGACAACACCCAAAAUGCUUCCAUCACUAUUCGGGGAUUCCGAUUACAAAGAUGCAAGUAUCUCAACGGCAUGCUGGAAAAGAAGAUGAAUGAAGUCUGUCUAUGUUACGAAAUUGACUUAGAUGACCUACGGGCACCAGAAGAGCAGAGUCUUGUCGAAGUACCUUUGAGCUCCGUGAAAGCUCUACGCAAUCUUCGUUGGACAAAUCAUAGUUAUCCAAAGUAUCGCAACCUGAAUCGUGAUACUACCUGGACCGAUGGAGACACUUACAACAAAGGGGGGCUCACUGUGCGCUGGAAAUAUACUUGUAAGUAUGCAUCAGCUUCAGCUAGAGAAAAGAACAUAUACGCAGAGAGAACUUUAGAACGGAUCACGGAGGAGUGGUUGCCAUCAUUACAUCAAAGCCCGCAAUCAUAUCUGGCCUCAAGCACCCAACUUCGAACCGAAUGGCGUGGAGAGGCGGUCCCUGGUGGUACUUACAUACCAGAAUGCUACGAUAUUGAUGGAGAAGAAACGGCGGCCGAAGUCCAACAACCUCCGAAUCUUGCCGUUGUCGAGGAUACCGAAAGUCGUCCCAAAACUCUCAUAAUCGUCGACGAGGAUGACGACGAUGAUGAUGAUCGCGCUUUUUCGCAUGCUAGAUUCCAAGACCAUGAGGCAGGCGGAAUUCAAACCAAACGCAAGUCAGAUUUCUCGUCCUCUUCAGAGCGAAAUAACAAUCAAGAAGACAACAACCCAGCAAAAAGAGCCCGCCAAGUGCCCGAGGACGAUAUCGAACAGAUUAGGCAGCGUCUAAGUCGGGUUAAGCUCGCAUUCAACGGGAAAGAAUACAUCAAGCACUCUUACAACAUCGGGACAUUAUCAGAGACGGUUCCAAAGAGUGAACAUGAAAGUAAGCUGGCUUAUACACAACAAUUUCGUGAUACGGGAAGACCAGCUAGGAGCUCUCAAUCCACCAGAGAUAUUCGACCAAGAUUGAGGGUUCCCUUGAAUUUACCGAGAAGAAGUGCUCUUGACACUCGAGGUCCCUGUCCUGAGGCUAGUAUUCCACUGGCUUCCUCCCCAACUCCAUCUUCAAGAAUUUCUCCUCAAAUCGAUAUAUCUUCAUCCGAGUUAGCCUCUCCGCCACCUAGCGGAAUUGUUGACCUAUCGUCUCACCAUCCCCGAUCUUCCUCAUUAGUUCGGGUGCACAGCCCAAGACCGCCCUCACUGAAAGAACCACUCGUUCUGGCUUCUGGACAAACCUUUACUUACGGCGAUGCAUUCUGUGGAGCAGGUGGUACCACGCGUGGUGCCGUCAUGGCAGGUCUUCGCGUAAAAUGGGGAUUUGACUUCGACCAGCACGCCUGCACUACCUGGCGCCUCAAUUUUCCCGGAGCGACUUGCUACGAGAUGUCCUCAGAACGCUUUGUUUCUCUAGCUACUUCUACCCCGUGUUCUUCAGACAUCUCUAAUGAUGUCAAAGUUGAUAUUCUUCAUCUUUCACCUCCGUGUCAAUAUUUUUCACCCGCGCAUACUGUUGAGGGUAAGAAUGAUGAGAUGAAUACUGCGAGUUUGUUUGCUGUAGCUGCGGUAAUCAAGGUUGCGAAACCCAGGGUUGUAACGUUGGAACAGACGUUUGGGAUUUUAUAUCCGAGGUUUAGAGGAUAUUUUUCGAGUUUGAUUUGUAUGUUUACCAGUUGUGGGUUUUCCUUGAGGUGGGCCAUCGUGCCUUUGGCUCAAUGGGGGCUUCCGCAAAGACGAUUCCGUUUGAUUAUUAUCGCAUCAUGCCCAGGCGAGCCCCUUCCUCCCAUACCACCACCAACACACUCCUCGUCUCCCUGUCUGAACAAUACCAAAUCCUUUAAAACCGUCGCCCAGACUCUCCGUGAAAUCCCCAAAUCUGCAGCAAAUCACUCACCUCACCUUCUUCCAGAAAAAGAUCUCAGACCAUAUAAUCCCCACGGGAUUCUUCCACGCACAAUGACCACCAGCGGUGGUGAUAAUUGGCAUCCGAGUGGAAAAAGAGGAUUUACUGAUCGAGAAUUCGCUUGUUUGCAGGGGUUUCCGUUAGAGCAUCAGUUUGGACAGAAUGGGAUUAAAAGACAAAUUGGGAAUGCGGUGCCGCCAGUUGUGGCGAGGGUGUUAUUUGAGGGAAUCAGAAAGUUUAUGGAGGGGAUAGAUGGAGCUGUGAGGAAUGAGAAAGAUGGAGAUGAAGAUGAGAACCGGGAUUUGGAUGGGGAGGUGGACGAUAAGAUGGAUAUUUGCGAAGACAUCGACAUGGACAGGGUGCACAUCGAGGAUAGUAAUCAUCAAGUAGAGGUCGUGGAUCUUAUUGACGAAGCGGACGAUACGGAUUUGGGGACAAAAGCUGGGAGUUUUUUGAACGAAAAAAGUGAUGACGAGAUUGAAAUUGUCGGGUUCGCAGAAGUGGGAAAGCAUAUUGUUAUUGAUUAG